UAUUUCGUUACAUCCAAACAAACAGUACAAAAGUUAACGAAAAACGGAUAGCGACUGAAAACGAUACAUAGAAAUGGAAAGAACGUGAACCUAAUCUCAAAGUGUACCUCACAAUUUCUGCUGAAAACCCUAAAUAAUCAAUCAUCAUCAUGUCUCAUCGAGACUCCGAUUCCAAGCGUCGUCAUUCUAAAUUCGAUCGUGAACCAAGCCCUAAGAGAUAUAGAAGAGAUGGAAAACAAGAUAGAGAAAAAGAGAGAGUGAUCAAUAAUGAUGGAGGAGACAAUAAUCAUGUGGAUCGGGAACAUCAUUCUAAGCGUGAACCACCAAGAUCUCGUUCUUAUUAUCAGCAUGAUGAACGGGACAGUACUGUGCAGGUUGGUCGAAGCGCUGGUCAAAGAGAAACUGAUGGCAAAGUCAAUACUCAAAGUAAAGAGAGUAAUCAGAGGGUGGAGACAAAUCAAAGUAGAGAUCAAAGAGAUGAGAAAUCACUGAAAAAACUAGAUGGUAAUUUUCAGAGAAGAGAGAGUUUUUCAGAAAGGAAAGACGAUCCAACACCUGUGAGGAAAAGGCCAGCAUUUAGGGAGAAGAAGAUUACAGUGGAUUCAGGAGAGGCUAACCCGGCUGCGACAGUGGCAGUAAAGUCAAGCCAUACUGACUAUCCUCCAAGGAAUGAAAGGAAGGAGGAAAGAAGUAGCAACCCUAACCAUCUGGAUAGACCUGAGAAGAAAAUUGCAGAGGACAGGGCACCCAACAACAGAGAAGCUAGGAGGGAUGGCUUUUCAUCAAGAGUAAGGUAUGGGGGAAAUGGAGGCAAUAGUAACUACAGAGGAAGAGAUAAAUUUAAUGGAAGACAAGAUUAUCAUCCGGUUAAGACUCAAACAGAGAAGUGGAAACAUGAUUUGUAUCAAGAGGUUAACAAGGGUCCUACUGCAAAGAAUGAGGAUGAUCAGAUUGCAAAGCUGGAAGCACUCUUGGCUUCAUAAUUUCAAACUGUAGAUAGAAUUUGGUAAGCUUGUUUUCAGAUAUCGUUAUUUCAACAAGUGGCAUGUGGGACAUUUUCCAGAGGUUACCAAUUUUCAUGAAUUCUUUAUAUCUCCGGUUCACAUGUUUUAGUUGUAAGGCAUGUGUUGCACUUAAGCUGCCAAAUCACUCACUAUGAUAUCAAGUCAUUGCUAAAUUCAGCAUAGCUAUUGAGCCUGUUGAGCGCAAGCUGUCAAUUUUUGCAAACCGUUUACAUUAUGCUUAAAACUGUUUACAUUUUUGGUAUAUGGAGAAUUUCUAUAGUAAUGACUGUUUAUUCCUA